AUGUGGUGGCACCAGACUAGGCAGCAAGCUGGGCACGUGACUAGGCGGCAAGUUGGCUGUAGGAGGCAGGGCACAAGACAGGGGAAGCAGAGCGACACCCGCGCAGGGGUAGGAGAUGGUGCCAGGCAAGCGAGGCCAGGCUGGGAGACGCAUCAAAGCAGGGUGGCAGAAAGAUACGAUCUAGGCAACGCCCUUACCGGUGACAACGCCAAAGGUAGAGGAGGCGACGUUUGUAGACUGCACAAGAACGGUUUGGGCGAUGUCCUUGCUGGUAGCAACGCCAAAGUAAGAGAGGAGUUAGACGACGCCACUGGUUUUGGAGCUAGCUUUAGCAGGUGCGCAAUCACCACUGUUGUUGUGGAGCUGGUUUCGGUAGGGCUCCAGGUUGAGCGACGCCACAAGGGAGCAAUGGGCAAUGCCUCUGGUAUAGACAAUGGGAGACUAGGCUGGUUUGGGCGACGCCCUCGCAGACAGAGGCAGCGUCGAGGCAUAGCUAGUAGGGCAAUGCCUGUGCACAGGAGGUGGGGCCAGGGGAGCUCGUUGGGCACUGACGUUGGCCUUGAGAUGCUAGGCGUUGGUUGA